AUGGCUGGUAAGAGUAAGAAGAAGUCCAAGAACAAUAAAAACAAUAACAAUCGCCCUCCCGUCGGUUCUGCACCAACCCCUGAACCCGAGAACAAAGACCUCGUCGACUCUGCCCCGGACCCGGCGGCGGCCGCUGUUGAGGAUGUCUUACAAGACAACAAAGAGCCCACCGCCGAACCGGAGAAGGACCCUGCCUCUGAAGAUCCCCCUGCCGCUGAGCCAAGUGGCGAUGACAGUCCUGCUGCCGAGCCUACAGAGGCUGCACCACCAGCCGAGUCUCAACCCGACGAGGCUGCCCCAGAAGCUAAAGAAGAGGGCAAAGAUGAGCCAGCGCCAGAUGCAGAGAAGUCCGACGAGGCUUCCAAGGAGGCUGCCGUAGAAGACGCGAAGCCCGCAGAGGAUGCGAAACCUGACGACGGUGCAGCGCCCGAAGGCGAAGCAAAACCCGACGGCGGAGCAAAGCCUGACGAGGAAGCAAAGCCCGAUGGCGACGCAAAGCCUGAAGAGGAUGCAAAUGCAAAGCCUGAAGAGGACGCAAAGCCUGAAGAGGACGCAAAGCCUGAAGAGGACGCAAAGCCUGAAGAGGACGCAAAGCCUGAAGAGGACGCAAAGCCUGAAGAGGACGCAAAGCCUGAAGAGGACGCAAAGCCUGAAGAGGACGCAAAGCCUGAAGAGGACGCAAAGCCUGAAGAGGACGCAAAGCCUGAAGGGGAUCCAAAGCCCGAAGACGACUCAAAGCCUGACGACGAAUCUAAACCCGAAGGUGGCGCAGCAUCCGACGACAGUGCGACGCCUGAAGAGGAAUCAAAACCUGAAGACGAAUCAAAGCCCAAAGAAGAUUCAAAGCCCGAAGAUGCAAAAGAUCCUCCAGCAGAUGGAGACAUGAAAAAAGAAGGCGAUAACGGCAACAAUGAUGAUGACUUUCCAGAUUUUGAUCUAGAUGUAGAUCCCGAGGCCGUAGCAGCCGAGAAAGAGGCUGCUGCUAAAGCGGCCGCCGAAGACGCCCUAGAGAAUGCAGAAUCAGAGCCAGUCGUGGAGGAGCCAAAGGCGGAGGAAAAGGCAGCGGGCAAGGCUAAGAAAAAGAAGGGCAAAAAGGGCAAGGGCGGCAAACCAGCCGAUCCAGAGCCAGCGCCAACACCGGAGCCGGCAGCAGAGCCAACACCAGAACCAGCGUCAGAACCAGCGUCAGAGUCAACUCCAGAGCCGGUAGCGGAGCCAGAGCCAGCGCCAGCGCCAACGCCGGAACCAGAACCCGCGACUGAAACAGCGCCAGAGCCUGAAGCUGAAGCCGAAAAGCCCGCAGAUAAUCCCCCUGAAUCUCCAGUCCCGGAAGAGCCAACAGCGCCCGAGCCACCCGCAGAGGAGCCAGAGGCAGAGGCAGAGGAAAAGUUGACGGGUAAGGCUAAGAAAAAGAAGAAUAAGAAGGCUAAGGCGGCCAAGGCAGCCGCCGAAGCAGCGCCGGAGCCUGAAGCAUCACCCGAGCCAGCAAAGGCACCACCAGAAGAACCUGAACCUGCUCCACCUACAGCAGCUGAAGAAGAGAAGGCACCCGAAGAACCUCUCAAGGAAUCAGAGCCGGAAGCUGCGCCAGUUGAGGAAACACCUGCUGCUGAACCCGAAGCUGCUGUGGAGGACAAGGUGGAAGCUGUAGAGCCUGAACCAGUCGAGGAAACUCCUAAAGCGGCACCCGUCGAAGAAAGCACUACAGCCGAGCCUGAGCCCGAACCAGUCAAAGAGGCCCCGGUGGAAGUUGAAGUUCCCGCCGAGGUGGUAACCGAGGAACCUGCUGCCGAGAAGGCACCUGAAGAAGCGGCACCAGCUAUUGCUGAGCCUGACCCCGAGCCUGCUGCUGAACCUGCUCCCGAGCCAGUCGUAGAAGCUCCGGCCGAUCCUACUCCCGAGCCUGUGGCUGAACCUGCUGCUGAACCCGUGGUUGAAGCUGCUGCUGAGCCUACCCCAGAACCUGCUGCCGAACCUGUUGCUGAGCCAGUCGUGGAAGCUCCGGCCGACCCUACUCCAGAGCCUGCUGCCGAACCUGCUGCUGAACCCGUGGUUGAAACCCCUGCUGAGCCUACUCCCGAGCCUGUGGCUGAACCUGCUGCUGAACCCGUGGUUGAAGCUCCUGCUGAGCCUACCCCCGAACCUGCUGCCGAACCUGCUCCCGAGCCUGUCGUGGAAGCUCCUGCUGAGCCUGCUGCUGAGCCCGUGGUUGAAGCUCCUGCUGAGCCUACCCCCGAACCUGCUGCCGAACCUGCUCCGGAGCCCGUGGUUGAAACUCCUGCUGAGCCUGCUGCUGAGCCCGUGGUUGAAGCUCCUGCUGAGCCUACCCCCGAACCUGCUGCCGAGCCUGCUCCGGAGCCCGUGGUUGAAACUCCUGCUGAGCCUACUCCCGAGCCUGUGGCUGAGCCCGCUGCCGAGCCUGUUGUGGAAGUUCCUACUGAACCUACCCCAGAACCUGCUCCCGAGCCUGUCGUGGAAGCUCCGGCCGAGCCUACUGCUGAGCCCGUGGUUGAAGCUCCUGCUGAGCCUACCCCCGAACCUGCUGCCGAGCCUGCUCCGGAGCCCGUGGUUGAAACUCCUGCUGAGCCUACUCCCGAGCCUGUGGCUGAGCCCGCUGCCGAGCCUGUCGUGGAAGCUCCGGCCGAGCCUACUGCUGAGCCCGUGGUUGAAGCUCCGGCCGAGCCUACUCCCGAGCCUGUGGCUGAGCCAGCUGCUGAGCCCGAACCUGCUGCUGCCCCAGAACCAGCGGUUGAGGCACCUGCUCCCGCCCCGGUAGAAGAGACACCAGCAGAAGCCGUAACAGAGCCGGAAGCUGUGCCUAUUGAGGCAUCAAGGGAGAUUCCAGAUGAAGUACCUGCUGAUGAGCCAGUGCCUGAAGAGCCAGCUCCAGACGAAUCCCCGAUUGAACCGCUAGUUCCGGAAAGAGUCCCAGCUGAGACACCAGAGGCCGAUGCGGCUGCAGUCCCAGCUGAGACUCCAACGCCCGAAGAGGCAUUGCCUGAGACACUGCCAGAGGAGCCAGCCCCUGAGCCAGAGGCUGCCAGAGACCUCCCCGCCGAAGACCCACCAGCAGAACCAGAAGCUGCCCCCGAGCCAGUCUCAGUCCCCGCUAGCGACGAAGUGGCGCCCGACGAGCUCGUACCACCCCCAGUAGACGGCCCGCGUGAGGUGGAGAUGAUCGACGCCGAGCCUCUAAAUGAAAGCGCAGAAGCCGCAGCAGCUCGCCACAGCUCCCGACGCCGUAGAAAGCGCACCUCGCCGAUCGAGGGAGAGCGUCGGCAGUCCAAGACAUCUUCCGAAGGCCGUCGGGAUCAACUCGAGCGCCAGAAAAGCGAGCGAGGCGUCUUCACCAACCGAUGGGCGAAAGCACUGGAAGAAGCUCGACGUCAACACGACGAGAAAUCCCAGAUACAACGAAAGCAGCGCGCUCUCGCCGAGGAGCGAGAGCGCAGCGGUAUCCCUGUCCCCGAAAAAUUGAAGCGCACGAAGAGCUCCUCCAAGGAGAAGGAGAGGGAGAGGCCAAGGGAGUUAGAAAUGGAGCCCGAAGUGAUCGAGUCUAGAUCCAAACGCCGCACCUCCGACACUCCCUCGAGCCAACCCCUCGAACGAGCCCGCUCAACCCGAACCUCCUCAUCGAAGCAGGUAGCAACAUCGGUACCAACGCCCAAGCCUCGUGCCUUCCUGCGAUACAUGACAGAAGGCAAGUCGGACACCAAUGGGCCUUUGCUACGUCUGAAUGCCACCAAGGCUGCACCGCCCAUUGAAACGCCGCGCCGGUCAUCGGGAAGUCAUAGCAGUGGCAGCCGUCACGAGCACGAAGAUCGGCAGUCUAAUGGUCGAUCUAGUGGAUCACGAUCGCGGCGCGAAGAGGAGGCUCCUCGCAGUGAGCGUGUUGAGCGCACUGAGAGCAGAAGAUUGCGACGCUCGUCAACAGCUGAGCAUGGUCGAUCCAGGGAGGAGAGGAGGGAGAGAGACAGAGGGAAAGAUCGAGAUCGGGAGAGAGAGAAGGAGAAGGAGCGCGAGCGCGAGCGUGAGAACGAACGCGAACGCGAAGGGGAACGCGAACGAGAAAUAGAGGGAGAGAGGGAGAGGGAGAAGAAGCCUGAGGGCUCCUCCCGGCGGUCCAGGGAGUCAAGAGAGGUGCGCUCUCAUCGUCGCCACAGGCGUGAGGAAUCGCCUCCCCGAGAGGAGUCGAAGCUGAAGGGUUUCUGGAGAGCGAUUGCUGCCCAUUGA